CAAAGAACGAAAGAAAAAAAGGAGUGUAAAAAGAGAGAGAGCCAGAUACAGAGAGCCAAGGAGGAGGUGGCCAAGCCCUAGAGUUUCUCUCUCUAUCUCUAUCUGCCUCUCUCUCUCUCACUCACUCAGUCAAUUCAUCCAUCAACUUUCCCACUGCAAAAUUGAUUCCAAAGGCAAAAGGGUCGCUUUUGAAACUACUGAAAACAUGCAUAAGUUAAAUAGAAGCAACCGUGACAAGCUCCAGCAGUUUGUGACUAUAACCGGAGCGAGUGAAAAAGUUGCAUAUCAGGCUUUGAAGGCCAGUGAUUGGAAUCUUGAAGGAGCAUUUGAUGUAUUCUACAGCCAACCUCAAGUAAAAACAGUAACUGAUAGCAGACAUUUGGAGGAACUUUAUAACAGAUACAAAGAUCCAUAUGCUGAUAUGAUUAUGGUUGAUGGUAUAACACUUCUUUGCAACGACCUUCAGGUGGAUCCUCAAGAUAUAGUUAUGUUAGUUGUUUCAUGGCACAUGAAGGCUGCAACAAUGUGUGAAUUCUCCAAGCAAGAGUUCAUAGGUGGAUUACAAGCACUAGGGAUAGAUUCUCUGGAUAAGUUCCAUGAAAGGAUACCAUAUAUGCGUUCAGAACUGAAAGAUGAACAAAAAUUCCGUGAGAUAUACAACUUCGCGUUUAGCUGGGCAAAAGAAAAGGGUCAGAAGUCUUUGGCACUGGAUACUGCAAUCGGAAUGUGGCAAUUACUGUUUGCGGAGAAGCAGUGGGCAUUGGUUGAUCAUUGGUGCCAGUUCUUACAGGCUAAGCAUAAUAAAGCAAUCUCCCGGGACACAUGGGCUCAACUAUUGGAAUUUGCACGGACGGUGGACCCUGAGUUAUCAAAUUAUGACGCCGAAGGCGCCUGGCCUUAUCUGAUUGAUGAAUUCGUUGAAUACUUGAAUGAAAAUGGUAUCUCACAAUCGCGAUGAUGAACUACUGCUCUGGUGAAUAUUGCAAUGAAGCGAGAUCAUCUUUCUUUAGUGUGAUUGUAGUUGUGCUGCCCUGUGAAAUCAGUUCAUGUUUGUUUUGGAAAAAAAAAAACUAAUUAACCCGAAAAAUGUCUUCUAGUUCAAGACCUUUAUUCUGUAUUGACAAUUGGUACACAACUUUCCCAGCCAAUGGGAUUGUUGAUAUGGUAUAUGCAUUUUCUUGUGGAAUAAAA